CCUGCUCGCGCCGUGCAUCAUAAAACCAGGCCAGAGUCCGGCGUCACAGCUCGGAGCUGGGGCGACGGGGCAGGGACUGGCGCAGCGGCUGGGCACGGCUCGCCGGGGCUGCAGGCAGCGAAGGGCAGCAUGGCAAAGAGGGUCGCGAUCAUCGGAGGGGGGAGCAGCGGGCUGUGCGCCAUCAAAGCCUGCCUGCAAGAGGGGCUGGAGCCCGUCUGCUUCGAGAGGACCAGGGACAUCGGAGGCCUGUGGCGGUUUGAGGAGCACCCCGAGGAGGGCCGCGCCAGCAUCUACAAGUCCGUCAUCAUCAACACCUCCAAGGAGAUGAUGUGCUUCAGCGACUUCCCCAUCCCUGACGACUUCCCCAACUACAUGCACAACUCCCAGAUCAUGGAGUACUUCCGCAUGUAUGCCCAGCACUUCGACCUGCUCCGACACAUCCGCUUCGAGACCAGCGUGUGCCGCGUGGCGAAGCGCCCUGACUUCGCCGUCACUGGCCAGUGGGACGUGGUCACCGAGAGCGAUGGGGAGCAGGAGUCGGCAGUCUUCGACGCCGUGCUGGUGUGCACCGGGCACCACACCAAUGCACAUCUCCCGCUGCACAGCUUCCCAGGCAUCGAGACGUUCAGGGGCCACUACCUUCACAGCCGAGACUACAAGGACCCCCAGGCUUUCACAGACAAGAGGGUCGUUGUCAUCGGGAUCGGGAAUUCAGGGUCGGACCUGGCUGUGGAGAUCAGCCAAACAGCCAAGCAGGUCUUCCUCAGCACCCGCCGGGGUGCGUGGAUCCUCAACCGCGUUGGAAACCAGGGAUACCCUGUGGACAUCCUCCUCCUCACCCGUAUGAAGAACAUCCUCUCAAAGCUGCUGACCUUGUCCAUGCUGAGCGACUGGUCAGAGAAGCAGCUGAAUGCAAGAUUCGACCACUCAAACUACGGCCUGAAGCCAAAGCACAGGAUCCUCCACCAGCACCCAACCAUCAACGAUGACCUGCCCAACCGCAUCAUUUCGGGCAGGGUGAGGGUCAAGCCGAACAUCCGGGAGUUCACGGCAACCGCUGCCAUCUUUGAGGACGGCACCAAGGAAGAUAUUGACGCCGUGGUCUUUGCCACAGGAUACAGCUUCUCCUUCCCCUUCCUCGAGGACUGUGUCACAGUGGUGGAGAACCAGAUCUCCCUGUACAAGUUUGUGUUCCCCGCCCACCUGGAGAAGCCAACGCUGGCUUUCAUCGGCCUUGUCCAGCCCCUGGGCGCCAUCAUGCCCAUCUCCGAGCUCCAGUGCCGCUGGGCCACCCGUGUCUUCAAGGGACUGAACAAACUGCCUCCGAGGUGCGACAUGGAGGCUGACAUCAACCAGAAGAAAGAAGAGAUGGCCAAGCGGUACGUGCGGAGCCAGCGGCACACCAUCCAGGUGGAUUACAUCCCCUACAUGGACGAGCUCGCCUGCCAGCUGGGCGUCAAGCCCAACCUGCUCACCCUCUUCCUCACCGACCCCCGGCUGGCGACGGAGGUGCUGUUGGGCCCCUGCACCCCCUACCAGUACCGCCUGCGGGGCCCGGGGAGGUGGGCAGGCGCCCGGCAGGCCAUCCUGACCCAGCAGCAGCGCGUUGUCAAGCCCCUGAGGACAAGGCAGGUGGACGAAGUCACCUCGUCCUCCUCGGUGCCGCUCUUGGCCAAGCUGGUCGGGGCUGUGGCUGUCUUCGCCAUCCUUUUCACUUACCUGUAGACUCCUGCUCCGGGCUGCGCUGCUGGAGGGAAAGGGAGGCUUUGGAACGUGGCAAGGGAGCCCGGCCAGCGCACCCACACACCGGAGACCUCCUCCUGCCCAGCACGGCCACGGGAGCAUGGCGGCACUGCCUAGCAGCAGCAGCAAGGGGCCAGCAGCCCCCAAAGUCUCCGCAGCUGCUGGGAAGAGCCAGGGCUCAGCGUGAGACCUGAGGUGAAGGGCAGCCCCAAACAUGUCCCCUGCGGGCGCAGGGCACUCGCAACUGCUCUGUGCUUCCUCCUGGGAGCUGUGUCUGCAGAGGUGUGAGAAAACCUGCUAAUGCUUAGGGUGAGAUCAGUCCCCCCCAGCUAAAGCUUUAGCCUAAAUGGAGACUCGCCAGGCUUUUCUGUCGCCUCAUCUAACCACAGCACGGCACCAUGAAUGAAACUAACACUGUAACUAAAGAGCAAAGGCACUGGGAACUUUCUAAUCGGAUUAAAGAGCAUUAAAACGAA